AUGGGACGGAAUGAGGAUGAAUACGUCACUUACACCAUCGUGACGUGCCAAGAAAGUGCGACUUCACCAGCUGACGUCGCCACAAUGAAGAUAAAGCGCUUUCGCGGUGGUUCAUCGAAGGACUGGCUCACAUGGAGCAUGCAGUUUCGAAGCCUCGCGAAACGAAAAGGCUGGAGAGCUGACCAACUAUCCGUUCAACUUCUUACGCUGAUUGACGGUGAUCUGUUGCGCGAAGUAGAGCGCAUUGCCAGCGAUGCUUCCAGCAAAGGCCUGACAUUUGAAGACUUUUACCGGGAGGUUGGACUUCUUCUAGUCCCAGCGGAUUACUGUGAAGACCUGGAUGAAGAACUAUGGACACUCACCAAGCGCAGAGAAGAGACGGUACAACGCUGCACGGCACGGCUAAGACAGCUUGCACAGAUGUACGCCGAUUUGCCCAGGAUUCGCAAACCAUCUCAGAGCUUCAACAAUGUCGAUAUUUUCGCCGCGCCAUGCCGCCGCACUGGCAGGACAAGCUCGCGUGCUGCGGAAUUUCGUAUGAGACGGUGA